AUGGGCCGGAACGUUCCGGUCGGCGUUAACGUGAUCUGGAACAGCUCCACCAAACCUGAAUCGUUGAUUCAUGAAGUGGUGACCGAGAUCGUGGCUGCGUUUGUGGCGUUUGACGGCCUGGUCGAUUACGCCACCAUCAAUUUCGCCUGUCCCAACAUCCGGGGCGAAAGCCACUUUGAUGACAUCGCCAAUGUGAGGCUGCUGUUUGAGGCCCUGGAUGCACACAAACCCGCCGUUCCCGUGUUCCUGAAGUUCCGCCACCGUGACGACCCGCGCUGGAUGAAUGAUCUGGUCGCCCUGAGCCUGCAGUUCCCCUGGGUCAGGGGCUUCAUACCCAUUGUUCAUGUGAUGCGCCUGAUGAACGAAGGUGCAGCGCAAGGCGUUGCGCCCCUGAAGGCCAGCAUUUCCGGUGCGCCACUCAAGGGUGCGACGAUUGAGGUGAUCCGCCUCUGGUACCAGAAGAUUGAUCGCCGCAAGCAUGUGCUGGUGGCAACCGGCGGCAUCUCGUCGGCGGCUGACGUGUUCGAGGCGAUGGCUGCGGGUGCAACAGCUGUUCAGGUGUUCACCACCAUGGUCUACAACGGACCGCAUGGCAUCCACCCAGGAUUUGACCGGAUCAACAUGCGCUUUGCCCCGCCUGCCGGUCAUCACGGGCAGGAACAAGGUCAUUGCAUGACAGCCUCCCAUCAGCGGGAUGAAAAGGCAGACGUCGUGGUGGUGGGUGCAGGGGGUGCGGGCUUGAUGGCUGCCUGCAUCGCGGCGCGCGCAGGCAGCCGCGUCGUGCUGCUUGAAAAAGCGCCGCGCAUUGGCGGAACCACUGCGCUGGCGGUCGGCUCGAUCAUGGCCUCUGGCACGCAGCAACAGCGCGAUGCCGGCAUCACCGACAGCGCUGCCGACCAUGCAGAAGACCUUGCCGCGGUGGCGCGCGCCUUCGGCAUUUCUGACAACGCCGAUCUCAGUCGCCUCAUGGCGACACAUGCUGCAGAGGCCGUCGGGUUUCUGCACUCUAUCGGCGUCGUGUUUGCAAAUCCCUUGCCGCAACCGCCGCAUCGCCAGCCGCGCCUGCAUCAGGUCGUGCCGGGAUCGGCCUCAUAUGUCCAUCAUCUGGAACGCGCAUGCCAUAAAGCCGGUGUGGCCAUCCAUGUCAGCACCGCCGUUACGCGGCUUGUGCAGGCCAAUGGCCGUGUGGCGGGCGUUGAAGUGAAAGACGCGUACGGGGCUACACGAACAAUUUUUGCGGUGCAGGGCGUGAUCCUGGCAUCGGGUGACAUCGCCGGAAACGCAGCCCUGCUCAAAACGCAUGUCGGUGAGGGGCUGGACGGUAUCGAGGUGCUCAACCCUUGGUGUACCGGGGAUGGCCACACCAUGGCCGAGGCGGCCGGUGCAAGGAUUGUUUCAAGAACAGACUACGGCGCAGGUGAACUCGCACAGAUGCGUUUCGUUAAACCGGAAAAACCGAACUGGACGCAGCGCAUUCCGCCUUUCAGGGGCAUUGCCUGGCUCAUUAAAACCGCCCUGCAAUACCCGCCGGCGGUGGCACUGCUCAGGCCUUUUGUGCUGAAGUUCCUGACCACGGCUUUGGGCGUGGACCGCGGCCUGUUUGUGCAGGGUGCGUUGCUCAUCAACAAGCGCGGCGAGCGUUUUGCCGAUGAGCUCGGCGGCACCAUCCUGCAGGAUGUCGGCCACCAUGAGCGCACGGCAGACAAGCCUGGCGGCGCAUCGGGCACGCCCAACCUCCUGCUGCCCCGGCAGCCCGGUGGCGUGGGCUAUAUCGUGUUUGACGAGCGCAUCGCGCGCCAGUUCUCACGCUGGCCGCAUUUCAUCUCGACAGCGCCCGGUGUGGCUUAUGCCUAUGUCGACGACUAUCGGCGUGCGAGGCCUGAUAUUUUUCAUUCGGCGCCCACCCUGGCCGGUCUGGCCUUGCGUCUCGGCAUGGAUGCAGGCGCGCUGCAGGCAAGCGUUAACGCCGCCAUAGACGAGCGUGGCGACAAGGCUCUGGCUGGUGGCCCGUUUUACGCGCUGGGCCCCAUCAAGUCAUGGCUGCUGGUGACGCCUGUCGGGCUGGCUGUUAAUACAAGACUCGAGGUGCUUGAUACCCGGGGCCACGCCAUCGAUGGCCUCUACGCUGCAGGCGGCGUGGGGCAGGGCGGUUUCACCAACAUUGGCCACGGCCAUGGCCUGGCCUGGGCGUUUACCAGCGGUUUGCUGGCGGGACGACACGCUGCGGCCAGAACAAGACACACAUGA